GCCGCCGCCCGGCCCCGCGCCCGCCGCCGCGCCAUGCCCCGGGGCUGCUGAGGGGACACCAGGAGCACCGGCAUGCAGAGCAUCAAGUGCGUGGUGGUGGGUGACGGGGCGGUGGGCAAGACCUGCCUGCUCAUCUGCUACACCACCAACGCCUUCCCCAAGGAGUACAUCCCCACCGUGUUCGACAACUACAGCGCCCAGAACACGGUGGACGGCAGGACUAUAAACUUAAACCUGUGGGACACGGCCGGCCAGGAGGAGUACGACCGCCUGCGGACGCUUUCCUACCCCCAGACCAACGUCUUCAUCAUCUGCUUCUCCAUCGCCAGCCCGCCCUCCUACGAGAACGUCAAGCACAAGUGGUACCCCGAGGUGUGCCACCACUGCCCCAGCGUGCCCAUCCUCCUCGUGGGCACCAAGAAGGAUCUGAGGAACAACCCCGAGACCAUGAAGCGGCUCAAGGAGCAGAACCAGGCGCCCAUCACCACCCAGCAGGGCAUCAGCCUCUCCAAGCAGAUCCGCGCCGUCAAGUACCUGGAGUGCUCGGCGCUCAACCAGGAGGGCAUCAAGGAUGUGUUCACCGAGGCCGUGCGGGCCGUGCUCAACCCCGCGCCGGCCAAGCCCAAGCGGCCGUGCGUGCUCUUGUGACCGGGCUGCCGAGGGACGAUGCUGCCCUGCCCCGUGCCCCC